AUGGAUGAAGAAACUGAAAUUGAAAUUAAUUUAUCAUCGCUGAGUCACAAAGAUAAUGCAACGGUCAAUGAAGAAAAUACAAUAGCAUCGGUAAUCAUAGAAGAACUGGAUGAAAAUGCUCUUAGUAAUAUGAAUGUAGAUAUGACAGAGUUUGUUGAAGCUAAAGCUUUGGAGAUUCAAGAUAUAACACAAGACAUAAUAUCAGAUACAUAUAUCGAGCAAAAUAAUGCUGUUAUGGAUAUUACAACAGAUACAGAAGAUCAAGAUAUUUUAAUGACAGUAGAUGAAGAAGAUCAAUUGACAAAGCAGUUUUUAAAUGGAGAACUAACAUUUUCUGAAUAUUCAUCAAGAAUGGAUCAAGAUAUAGAUUUAGAAACUGUAGAAGCUGACCUUUCUAGAAAUGAAAAUGAAACUGACGACAUAGGAACAAAUAAAAUUAUUCAUCGAAGAGGACCAAGAGGACGUUAUAAAAAGAAAAAAAGGACACUUCCCCCAGCUUUACAAGGUCUUAUGGGUGAGGCAAAUUUAAGAUUUGCUAGAGGGGAAACAGAAUUAGCUGCUCAAAUAUGUAUGGAAAUAAUUAGGCAAGUGCCAAGUGCUCCAGAACCAUUUCAAACAUUGGCAAUGAUAUAUGAAACAGAUCAACCAGAAAAGUCAUUACAAUUUGCCUUAAUAGCAGCACAUCUUAGUCCAAGAGAUUCUGAUCAAUGGGUGAGAUUAGCGAACAUGUCAGUAGAAAGUGGAGACAUUAAACAAGCAAUAACAUGUUAUAAUAAAGCAAUUCAAGCAAGUCCAAAAGACAUAAGUUUAUACGAGUCCAGAGCAGAACUUUUCGAAAGGUAUGGUGAUAGAAAAGCUUAUCUAAAAGGAUAUUCAAGAUUAGUUCAUCAGUUGGAGCCUGAAGAUGGAGAAAAUGUAAUUAAGUAUGCAAAAAUGUUAGCCAAACGUUUUAUGGAAGAAAAUAACAAUGAACAAGCAUUAGAAGCUAUGGAAAAUAUUUUUUCUAAAUGUCCUAAGUUUAUUACUUUAGAAGAAGUCAAUAUAAUGACUGAAAUACUAAUAGCACUGAAAAAGUUUAAAAGGUGUCUAAACAUUUUAACUACGUAUACAACUAUUUGGGUAAAAUAUAAAAACGUUAGUGAUCAGAAUUCUGCUACAGUAAUUAAAAAAUCUGUAAAUGAAAAGAAAGAUGAAUCAGAAGAUCAAAUAAUAGGCGAAAUAGAAUCUUGCGGAAUGCCGAAUGAUGUUGCUGUAGAUCUGAAAGCAAAGUUUCUUGUAACGCUUAUUGAAUUAGAUCAAAUACAAUUAGCAGAAAAGCUUCUACUUAAAUUCUAUUUACAGGAAAACCCAGAAAUUUCUGGAGACCUUUUCCUAGAUAUAGCAGAAACUUUAAUGGGAAAAAGAGAAUUCGAACGUGCUUUACUAUUAUUAGACCCAUUAGUAAAUAGUAGUAAUUACAGUUUAGCUGCUGUUUGGUUACGACACGCAGAGUGCUGGGUUGGUUGUAAAGAUUUAAAGAAAGCAAUAGAAUCAUACGAGGUUGUAACAAAAUUAUCAUCUCAACAUUUAGGUGCAAGAAUAGCAUUAGCUAAACUGUACCAAUUAAAAGGUCAAUAUAAUAAAGCAAUAGAUAUUCUUAAUCAGGAUCCUGAAUCUGAUACUUUAGAUCCUCAAGUAGUUUACAGAAGAACGUUACUUCUUUGUAAGGUAAAGAGAUACAAUGAAUUUUUUCAGUCUGGUAUGCUACUUUUUUCUAGACAUUGUGUCCAUAUAAGGAACAAAGUUGAGUUAAGUGCUAUAACAAGACCUUAUGGAGUACAGCGCCGUAUAGAUUCAUUGAAACUUCAUCGGUUAUCGCGUGGAGAAAAAUUUGAAGAGGAAAACGCCCCCAUAUUUCUCAGUUCUACAGAAUUAAGUGAAAAAAGUGAAUUCUUUUUGCUUUUGCAAAUGUGCAAAAUGGCUUGUAAAUUAAAAAGAUAUGGUUUACUACAAAGGAUUUGUUUGAGUGCUUUAACAUCAAAAAAAUUUGAAAAGAGGAAUGCACAUGUUAUGUUUUUAUGCUCUCUGGCCUGCAUUUAUAACAAUGAUUCUUAUCAUGGAUAUAAUAUUGUGCGACACUUACUACGGAUUUGCCAAACUCCAAACUCUUGGAAUUUAUUAAAUAUCAUUGUUCAGAAAGCACAAGAUUCUAGACAUAAUAGAUUUAUAAUGCGAUUACUUGGAAGGGAAGAUGUAUUUUCUUAUGUACACGUAAUGCACGCAAAUAAUUGUCUCGUUUCAGCAACAUAUAAAUACGCUCUUAAUGAUUACAUUUCACUUUUUAAAGUAGCGCCUAGUGCGUUAUUAGCAUUACUUAUUGGUAUAACUUUAUUUCAAAUGGCAUGCCAGAAAUCAUCUGCCAAAAAAAAUCAACUUGUAAUUCAAGGCAUCGCUUUCCUAAAAAAAUAUUGUCAGUUGCGGGGUGAGGAUGGUAGACAGGAAACGUAUUACAACAUGGGUCGUGCUUUUCAUCAAAUUGGUUUAUUACCAGCAGCUGUACAUUUUUAUAAAUUGGUGCUUAAUGAGUACCCUGGAGAUUUAGUUAAGAAAAACUCACAUAUUCUAGACUUAAAUCAAGAAGCAGCCUUUAAUCUACAUCUGAUUUACUUACAGUCAGAAAAUUAUUUAUUAGCUAGAAUGUAUCUUGAAAAUUACAUUACAAUUUAGUUUAUUGUAAUUGUUGUA